GAUAUUGCGGGAACGUCGGUGAGAUGCAGCCUCGACACGCCGAUUUCGGUGCGAGAAUUAAAGCGAGGAAUCGAGGAUGCAACGUAUUUAAUUACGAUUGAGCGCAUGAGUUUCAAGGAAUUUUGAGAAAUAUCUCGCUGACGUUAAGCUAACCUAACGCUUGAAAGGCGUCCCCACAAAAGGCACAAUCCUGAAAAAUGGGCGUAGCAUGGACACGCACAAAGUGGUGACUGUCGGCAGUGUCAGAAGAUGCAUCGACUUUAGCGCAGUCAUUAGAAAUCUUUCACGCGAUGAGUAUUACAUCCUGCACAAUGGUCGGCUUCUGCAAGAAGGUGACGUCUGCCCGGACGGCCAUGCAACUGUGGUGCCGAGGUUGCUGGGCGGCAAAGGUGGUUUUGGGUCGAUGUUACGGGCGAUAGGCGCGCAGAUCGAGAAGACCACGAAUCGCGAGGCCUGCCGAGAUCUCAGCGGUCGCAGGCUGCGCGACAUAAACGAGGAGAAGAGGCUGAAAGCCUGGAUUGAGAAGCAGACCAAGAGGCAGAAGGAGGCGGUGGAGCGCAAGAAGAAAAAAUUGGAGAAGCUGUGCGCCGAGCCGAGGCACGAGUUCAGAGAUCAGCAUUACGAUAAGGAGCGCGCAGAAUUGACCGAGAAAGUCGAAGAUGCCGUGGAGGAGGGGUUCAAAGCCGCCGGUCCGUCGGGCAUUAAGAGGAAGCAGGAGGAGGAGAGUAGUAGACUCAAUAAACGCAAGACCAUGUUAGACAUGGAGAUCGACUCCGACGAAUUUGAGGAUUCUGACGAUAGCAAUGAGGAAGGGCCACUGCCUGUAGAAAGAACCAAGUCGAAGGAGGAAGCGUCGGCGAACGAGAGCGGACAUUCCAGCGACGAUGUUGGAAGUGGCGAGCGCGUCGAGGAAGUAGAGAGCGAGCAUUCCGAGUCGUCGAUCGAUAAUCAGAUAAACGACAAAGUAUUGAGUAGUGACUCGGCGGGUACAAGAUGUAUCGUCGAGUCUCGAACGUGAAUGUAUAAAAGUAUGACAAAAGAAUAUCUGUAUUUUACUCGCGGCGUCCUCAAGUUAGAUUGAUUGCUUUAUAUCGGUUUGUGUAAUAAUAGCUUUAAAGAGUAAUAUAAGAAAUUAAUUUUUAACGUAUUAUGUAAGUUUUUAGUAGAUAAUUAAAGAAAGUAAAGCGAGGAGAACCUAACGAUGUGAAGUCAUUUAUUUUAAGCAAAUUUUGUGUGAUAAACUUAGUAUUGUAAUGCAUUAUAAUACAUUGCAUAUUGUUUCAAA